AAUUUGUAAUGGAUGGAAGCCAUAUUGAAGUCAGGUUGUCAUUGUCAGUGUUUGUUGUGGUAAUUGGUUAAAAGAUUUAGAUGAGAUUGUAUAAAUUCUAGUAUUAUAAUUGAUAUUUAUUUUUGAUACAUGAUACAAGUCACAGGAUGUGGGCAGCACAGCAAGCACAAAAUCAGCAACAGAAUCAGCAGAAUGCUGAGAAAUCUGCGAACUCUGGUAAAGCCCUUGGAAUGACUUCUGCCAUUUCCACAGCGGAUCCUAAACCAAUUGAUAUUCAGAGAACGUUAGAACUUCAAGAAGCUUUGAAGCCCUUUAACGUGUGUGAAUCUGACCAGGAGCUGAAUCACCGUAUGGAAAUAUUGUGCAAGCUGAACACUUUAGUAAAAGAAUGGAUUAAGGAAGUUAGCAUAAGUAAAAACAUGCCCGAUAGUGUUGCUGAUCAAGUUGGUGGGAAAAUUUACACCUUUGGAUCAUACCGGCUGGGCGUCCACCACAAAGGCGCUGACAUUGACGCCCUCUGUGUGGCCCCUCGACACAUAGAACGUUCAGAUUAUUUCACUUCUUUUUUUGAAAAGCUGAAGACUCAUCCCGAGGUUACGGAUCUUAGAGCGGUAGAAGAAGCAUUUGUACCUGUUAUCAAAAUGAAUUUUGACGGAAUAGAAAUUGACAUGUUAUUUGCUAGGUUGGCAUUGAAGGAGAUUUCAGAAACCAUGGACCUACGAGAUGACAUGUUGUUAAAAAAUUUAGAUCAAAAGUGUGUUCGAAGUUUAAACGGCUGCAGAGUAACAGAUGAAAUUUUGAGGCUAGUCCCCAACAUAGAAAAUUUCCGACUAGCUCUCCGGACAAUAAAACUUUGGGCCAAACGACAUGGCAUCUACAGUAAUGUACUCGGAUAUCUUGGAGGCGUGUCGUGGGCUAUGUUGGUUGCCCGGACCUGUCAGCUGUACCCCAACGCAGCCGCUGCCACACUAGUCCAGAAAUUCUUCCUUGUCUUUUCUCAAUGGAAGUGGCCUCAACCUGUCCUGCUGAAACAACCUGACACAGUCAACCUGGGCUUUCAAGUUUGGGAUCCUAGAGUAAACGCUUCCGACCGGUAUCACCUGAUGCCUAUCAUAACUCCCGCAUACCCCCAACAGAAUUCUACAUUCAAUGUGUCCGCGUCAACGCGUGCAGUGAUGGUUGAAGCGUUCAGACAGGGACUUCAACUCACUGAGAAAAUCAUGACUGGAAAGUGCGGCUGGGAGAAACUGUUUGAGGCCCCAAGUUUCUUUAACAAAUACAAACACUUUAUCGUACUGCUGGCGAGUUCUGCGAGUCCAGAGGAGCAGCUCGAAUGGUGUGGACUCAUAGAGUCCAAGGUCAGGUUCCUCAUCAUGAACUUGGAGAGGAACAUCCAGAUCAAACUAGCUCAUGUCAAUCCGGAAUGUUUUUCGCCCAACCUUCCCGCUCCUCACAUUUCUCCGACACCGACCAACAUGUGGUUCAUCGGUCUCGAGUUUUCCAAGUCCGAGAAUCUGAAUAUUGACUUAACGUACGAUAUUCAACAGUUCAUCAAUGCAGUGCAUCGCCAAGCCAUUCUGAUCAAGAUGAUCAAGGAUACAAUGAAAAUCGAAGCACGACAUGUGAGACGGAAGCAGCUCACAGCGUACUUACCCAGUACUACCCUCAACCUGGUGAAGAGAGAACGCAAGGUGUCCUCUAGUAGUUCGAACACUGCAGCGAGCGUGAAUGGAAACGGAAGCAACUCGCCACCACUGAACUCUUCUGGCGAAGUGACGAAUAGAAAGAGGCAUUCGGACACAACCGUGGAUCACAGCGUAAAGAAAUCGAAGCCUAGUCUAGAUGGUCAUGAUGACUCUCCGAACAACUCCCUCACUGUCCAGUGUAGCACUGAUGACUCCAACUCGGCUCUCUCAGAGGAUGAUAGAUUGUACAGGCCGUCAGUAGUCAAAGCUUCUGUCAGUUUGCCAGUUACGAAAGAGGAAAGUGCCAAAGAAGAGGUGGUGUGUACAUGACCCCUAGUAGCACAGUAGACCGGCUUACACUGAAUACAAAGCAGAUUGAGGAUUGCUGGGGUGUUGGCACCAUAGUUGUUAAGUGUAAUUUAUCUUAUCUAGUGUGUGGCUAUGGAUUGGACCUCCAUAGCCUAUCUCGUCCUCUCUGCUUUGGAUACUGCCUUCACAGGUAUAGCGCCCGUCUUCUUGUUACAGUUACUUCACAAUUGUUCCAAUUUUUUUUUUAAUAUUCAUUAUUAAAUUUUUUUCAAAAACAGUCUAAAAGUUUGUAUAUUGGUUGAAGUUUCUUGUAAACUUAGGUACGAUACAGUACUGGAAGUGUUUUAUUACUUUUUUAUAAAAAUAAAUAAAUAUAAAAUAUUAGGCCUAGACAUUUUUGAAAUUUUACGAAAUUGUCUAUUACGUGACGUUUUGCGGGAUUUCUCCCCACAGACUGGUAACAUGUCGUAGUAGAUUAUAAACGUUUUGAUUAAAUCCACUUUUAGGAGUGCCUCAUUAUUCGACUGGGUAUAUGUUAAUGUAAGCUACUUUAUUUUGUACAGUUCUUUGUUAGUUGUUUGCAAUGUAAAUUACUGUCAACAAGUUUUUUUUUUUCAGUAUUAUAAUGUAAAUGUAUUACCGACUUGCCUCUAAAUUGUGAUGUUUGGUAUUUGUUUAUCAUCCAAGAGGUUAAUUGAUAAGAACAGUUUUUGAGGUAUUUGUAAACGAGCGUGUUUCUAUUAAACCUAAAUAGGUGGUAUGCUAGAAAAAGAUUUUUUGUUAAUUGUGGAAUUGUUAUACUCUUAUAAAUGCCAUUGCCAGCAAUUUAACUUUUUAUUAUUUUAUGGAGGAAUUGAAAAUGAUAAUAUGGUAUUUUACAUGUUAACUGAGAGUACAUAUGAAUACAAUAAAUUUGUUCGAACUCAGAAAAUAUUCCUCCAUUUACGUUUCUUUUGUUAUUAUUUUUUUUUUUAUAAACUUUCAUUAUACACUACAAAAUAUUUGGAUUUCAAUUGAAUUUAGUUUCAUAUCAAACCAUUUAAAUAAAGUAAGGCAAUUAUCAAUGCUAUCUAAACUUUAAUAUGAACAAUAUUUCCUUGUAUUUUUAAUAAUCUUGAUAUUGUUUUUUCGGCUGGACAUUCCACUGUGUUAUUCUGUUUUGUGCAUGUUCCACUGCCUCAUUUAUGUAUACAAUCAUCGAAACCAUUGUGAAUUUCAUUCAACUAUAAUGACACUAAAAUCCUGCUAAUAAGCAAUUGUAUUGAAUAUCUGAAUAUAGUUAAAAUCAUUAUGUAAAAUUUGAAAUUUUCCUGUGACAUCCAUUGGAUGAUAAGUGUAUGUAUAAAUGUGAAAAGUGCUGUCAACCUUGACAUAUUCAAGUACCUAAUAUGUUUGUAUCAUUGUAAGUUAAUUGUUAUAGACAACUAUGAUUUACUCUGUUAUUGAAGGAUGUAGCAGUUAAGCUUAGACUAAGAUUAUAAAAGCUGAGAGAAUGGGCGAGAGAAAUUUUGAAAUGGGUCCUAUUUCAUUUUAUGAUAUUAGAUAGUUAUGUUUUGUAUAUACAUUUCAAUAUUAUUUCAUUUAUUUUCUGUAAACAUUUUCUGUAUUUUAUCGAGCAUUCCAAAAAUAAAAAAAAAAACAUUUUUUAGAACUUGAGCUCUUUUAAAUUAACCUUAACUUCCUAUCCUGGAGUUUUCAAACUCCAGAACAAUGUUCUUCUGUUUUGAUGAUUCAUUUAAAUGUUCGUGUUGGUCCCUUUCUUUUCUUCAAUUUAUGGCCUUCAUCAAAUCUCCUGAGUUCAUCAUUUAAUAUGUAACACUUAAUUUUGUAGAAGACUUCAAUAAGUUUCUGGCAAAGAAUUCAACAGCAUUUAAAAUUAUGAAUAAUGCAUUGGGCAUGUUAUUCAUUAAAUUUUGUCUUCUGUAUAUGAUUAGUAGAUGACAGUAAUUUGAUACAAAGUCUAAUCUUUUUAAAAAUAUGACGAUGCAGCAAAAACAUCAAACAUCAUUGUCACUUUCGAUUUUGAGUAAACCUCUAUGAUAAAUAGUGUAGUGUGUGUAUGCGGUACUUGCUGGAGGGUAAGUGUAAAAUAAAAAGUCUAUUACUUUACUUCCAAACUAAUUAUUUAUUAAUUACUGACACCAUCAGUUGUAAAAGGUGUCAUAAUCAGUUAUCUCUGUUCACUCAUUCCACCAUAAUAUUUUUUAUUAUUUACCAACUCAUUUAGAUCAAAUAGAUAUUUUUUGAAAUUUUUAAAACUCAGUUCACUAUUUGUCUUGCCCAUUCUUUUUUUUAUUAAUUAUUAAGUUCUUGAUUAUUCAACCGUAUUGGGUGAAAACUUUAAAAAUAACAAUCACUUUUAUUAAAUUCUUAAAGGAGGUA